AUGGACAGUUUCGGUAUCGGAGCUAACGACGUCAGUAACUCGUUCGGUGCCGCUGUCGGCUCUGGCGCCCUGAACCUCAAGCAAGCCGUCUUCAUUGCCUCGAUCUGCGAGUUCCUGGGUGCCUUUCUCAUGGGUUCCUCUACCGCCGACACCAUCAAGGGCGGUCUGAUCGACGUCGCUCUCUUCAAGGAUCAGCCCGAGUUGCUCAUGCUCGCCAUGGUCUGCUCCCUCGUCGGUUCCUCCACCUGGGUCCUCUUUGCCUCCUCCCGCGGUCUUCCUGUCUCCACCACCCACGCCAUCGUCGGUGCCAUCACUGGUGCCGGUAUUGCUGGCUUUGGUCUCGGCGCUGUCAAGUGGGGUGGUGUUGGAACCAUUGUCAUCUCCUGGUUGAUCUCCCCCCUCAUUGCCGGUGCCGUCACUGCCAUCAUCUUCCUCUUCACCCGGUUCAUUAUCCUCAAGCACAAGAACUCUCUCGACCGUGGUCUGACCGCUCUCCCCUACUACUUUGCCGUCACUAUCGCCAUCAACGUUUUCUACAUCAUCUUUAAGGGCUCCCCCGGUCUCAGCAUCUCCAAGUUGCCCAUCGGAGGCAUCAUCGGGAUCUCCUUUGGUAUCGCUCUCCUCGUCUUCCUCUGGUGCAACUUCUUCCUCAAGGUCUACCUCCGCCGGAAGCUUGAGGAUGAGGAGCCUCUCAAGUGGUACCACGCCUUCUACGUCCGCUUCGUCUCCACCCGCACCCACCCCACCGACCUCGAGGACGUCUCUGCCACCGACAAGGACGGCAAGCUCGUCACCGAAACCGGCAUCGAGUCUGAUGGCUCUGUCAAUAGCGGUCUUGCUGCCCUCGAGGACAAGCCCCUCACAUUCCUCCAGAAGCUCAAGAAGAAGGCCUUCCAUGGUCUGAACCAGGACAUCACCACCACCACCGAGGAGGUCGACAACCUCCACGACAAGGCCACUCGCUACGAGCCCAAGACCGAGCAGCUCUUCUGCACCCUCCAGGUCCUCACUGCCUGUUUCGCGUCGUUUGCCCACGGUUCCAAUGAUGUCGCCAACGCCAUCGGUCCUCUGACCACCAUCUACUACGUCUGGAAGCACGGCAUGGUUGACAUCUCCGGCUCUGCCCCCAUCCCCGCUUGGAUCCUCGCCUACGGUGGUAUCGCUAUUGAUAUUGGUCUCCUUACCUUCGGUUACAGAGUUAUGGCCACCUUGGGUAACAACAUCUGCUUCGUCUCGCCUUCUCGCGGAUUCUCACUCUCCCUUGGUACCUCCCUCACCGUCUUGACAUGCUCCAAGCUCGGUCUUCCUGUCUCGACCACUCACUGUAUCACUGGUGCCACCACCUCCGUCGGUCUCGUCUCUGGAGGUGGUAUCAAGUCCGUCAACUGGAAGGUUCUCGGUCUCAUUGCCUCAUCCUGGAUCUUCACUCUCCCCGCUUCAGGAGCUGUCUCAGGUCUCCUCUUUGCCUUGAUCAUCAACUCCCCUCAUAAGGCCUAA